AUGAGUGAAACGCAGGGCGGCGGUCUCAGCCGUGAGCAGUUCCCCACCGAACACGACUCCAGCUCGGGCAUGAGAGCCAGCGCCGUUAUGACUGCUUUUGUGAGAAAUGCCAGGCUAACACUCAUCCUGUCUUGUCCCAUGGACUUGAAGAAUUUCCCAAUGGACAUUCAGACCUGUACCAUGCAGCUAGAAAGCUUUGGCUACACCAUGAACGAUCUGAUCUUCGAGUGGCUUUCUGAUAGCCCUGUGCAGGUGGCGGAUGACUUGACACUUCCUCAAUUUUUACUAAAGGAGGAAAAAGAUCUUGGCUACUGCACUAAGCACUACAACACAGGUAAAUUCACCUGCAUUGAGGUGAAGUUUCACUUAGAGAGACAGAUGGGCUACUAUCUCAUUCAGAUGUACAUCCCCAGUCUGCUGAUUGUCAUCCUGUCUUGGGUGUCUUUCUGGAUCAACAUGGAUGCCGCCCCUGCUCGGGUAGGCUUGGGUAUCACCACUGUGCUGACCAUGACCACCCAGAGCUCCGGUUCACGAGCCUCUCUACCCAAGGUAACAUAA